AUGUGCUCCAGCCGCAAGAUCCUGUGGAGCCUUCUCCUGCUGUCCGUGGUGGAGGUGGGCCUGGGCGUGGCCAGCAUCGUGCUGGGGGCCGUGCGUGUCAGCUGGCUGCGUGGGCAGCACACGCCGCACCAGGGCGACGCUUCGCCGGUGUGGAGCGGACUUUGCUUUCUGCUGUGUGGGAUCAGUGGAGUGUUGUGUGCUCGAAAGAGGAGCGGCCUUACUAUGAUUUUAUUCUCGGCGUGUUGCAUCUGUGGCCUGAUCGCCGGCAUCCUCAACUUCCAGUUUGUGCGGGCCUUGAGUAAACGACCAGACUCCAUGGAGUCCAUCCACCUGGCGGCCAUGACUCUGGCCUGUCUGGGCAUCUCCUCGUGCACGUUGUCCACGUGGCUGACGUGUCGUCUGGCCAGCGCGGAGCAACAGAGGAUGUUCCUGGAGCGGGAACACUCCCUGCAUCAUUCCCAGGAGAUGACGGAGAAGGAUGUCCUGGACAACUCCAGCAGCGGCGUCCCUCAAAUCUCCUACAACGGACACGGCAGUGCGUCGCCGUGACGACGGGACCUGCAUCUUCUCAUGGCUUGCUAAGAUAAAGACAGCAUGGCUGCAGAAUGUACAGUAGGC